AUGGGUUUUUCUCAACCCUACUUCCCUCAGCAACCCUACUUCCCUCAGCAACCCAACUUCCCUCAGCAACCCUACUUCCCUCAGCAACCCUACUUCCCUCAGCAACCCUACUUCUCUCAGCAACCCUACUUCCCUCAGCAACCCUACUUCACUCAGCAACUUUACUUCCCUCAGCAACCCAACUUCCCUCAGCAACCCUACUUCCCUCAGCAACCCUACUUCCCUCAGCAACCCUACUUCCCUCAGCAACCCUACUUCCCUCAGCAACCCUACUUCCCUCAGCAACCCUACUUCACUCAGCAACUUUACUUCCCUCAGCAACCCAACUUCCCUCAGCAACCCUACUUCCCUCAGCAACCCUACUUCCCUCAGCAUCCCUACUUCCCUCAGCAACCCAACUUCCCUCAGCAACCCUACUUCCCUCAGCAACCCUACUUCCCUCAGCAACCCAACUUCCCUCAGCAACCCUACUUCCCUCAGCAACCCUACUUCCCUCAGCAACCCUACUUCCCUCAGCAACCCUACUUCCCUCAUCAACCCUACUUCCCUCAGCAACCCUACUUCCCUCAGCAACCCUACUUCCCUCAUCAACCCUACUUCCCUCAGCAACCCUACUUCCCUCAGCAACCCUACUUCCCUCAUCAACCCUACUUCCCUCAGCAACCCAACUUCCCUCAGCAACCCAACUUCCCUCAGCAACCCAACUUCCCUCAGCAACCCAACUUCCCUCAGCAACCCAACUUCCCUCAGCAACCCUACUUCCCUCAGCAACCCAACUUCCCUCAGCAACCCAACUUCCCUCAGCAACCCUACUUCCCUCAGCAACCCAACUUCCCUCAGCAACCCAACUUCCCUCAGCAACCCAACUUCCCUCAUCAACCCUACUUCCCUCAGCAACCCAACUUCCCUCAGCAACCCAACUUCCCUCAUCAACCCUACUUCCCUCAGCAACCCAACUUCCCUCAGCAACCCAACUUCCCUCAGCAACCCUACUUCCCUCAGCAACCCAACUUCCCUCAGCAACCCAACUUCCCUCAUCAACCCUACUUCCCUCAGCAACCCAACUUCCCUCAGCAACCCAACUUCCCUCAUCAACCCUACUUCCCUCAUCAACCCUACUUCCCUCAUCAACCCUACUUCCCUCAUCAACCCUACUUCCCUCAGCAACCCUACUUCCCUCAUCAACCCUACUUCCCUCAGCAACCCUACUUCCCUCAGCAACCCAACUUCCCUCAGCAACCCUACUUCCCUCAUCAAUCCUACUUCCCUCAGCAACCCUACUUCCCUCAGCAACCCAACUUCCCUCAGCAACCCUACUUCCCUCAGCAACCCUACUUCCCUCAGCAACCCAACUUCCCUCAUCAACCCUACUUCUCUCAGCAACCCAACUUCCCUCAGCAACCCAACUUCCCUCAUCAACCCUACUUCCCUCAUCAACCCUACUUCCCUCAUCAACCCUACUUCCCUCAUCAACCCUACUUCCCUCAGCAACCCUACUUCCCUCAUCAACCCUACUUCGCUCAGCAACCCUACUUCCCUCAUCAACCCUACUUCCCUCAUCAACCCUACUUCCCUCAGCAACCCUACUUCCCUCAUCAACUCUACUUCCCUUAUCUACCCUACUUCCCUCAGCAACCCUACUUCCCUCAUCAACUCUACUUCCCUUAUCUACCCUACUUCCCUCAUCAACUCUACUUCCCUUAUCAACCCUACUUCCCUCAUCAACUCUACUUCCCUCAGCAACACUACUUCACUCAGUAA